AAAUAUCAGGUCAGAAAGAUAGUUUUGAUUUUGAAAUAAUACGUAUUGGUGCUUAUAUAGCAGAAAAGUCAACAAUAAUAAAACCUUAUAAGACAAAACCUUACGAGACAAAACUUUACGAGACAGAACUUUACAAGACAGAAUUUUACGAGAUGAUGGAAGAUUAUUAUAAUAAUUAUUUUAAUAAAUUUAAUUAUGAAAUUGCCAAAAGUUCAGAAACCUCAAUGGAAGCCUUUUUAUUAUCAACUAUUAGACCUAAUAUUCAAAUAAGUUCUAAUUUUUCUACUCCUUCGGAAAGCAAAAAUAAAGGUAAUAAAAUUAGUAUGAGAUUUUAA